GUCUCCCCCGAACCUCCAAACCAUUCGAAUCAUAAUGGAAUCCCCAGGUGUAAAACCUCCCAAAGCUAGUACAUCGCUGCAAGAGUUCCGCAAUUCGUUCGAAACGGUUCGCAAAGUUACGUACAUGGUAGGUAUCGAUCCGUUCACCAUGGAAUCGGACCUAAAUGUUCGCUUCUUUGGAUCCACGAUGUUCAUGGCGUUGAUCUACGUACUUUGCUUCUACACUGGCUGGGAACUGCGAGAUGCGGAAGGGUACCGAAUCUUGGAAAUGGCAAUGAUUCUCGUUCUAAACGCGCAAGGUACCAACAAGAUGUGGAUUGGAUUUGUGCACAAACCUCGGUAUUGCCAACUGUUUCAGAGUUCGGAACAGAUCUACGAAAGUUUCGAUGGCGAUGCAAGAAAUCGUCCCAUUUUGAGAAAUCUCGUUGCCAAGAUGAAUCUUCUCCUAAAGUGGAUCGUGAUCGUUUACGCUAGUUCGGGAGUGCUAAUCAUGGUUCUGGUCGCACUCUACGCAAUCGUAGCGAGAGAAAAGUUUCUCGCUUUAACAGUCAUGGUUCCAUUUGUGGACCAUACGUCGUUAACGGGGUACUUGAUCGUUUACUUAACCCACAUGGCAAUGGCUGCUUUCUGCGCGAAUGGAUAUCUGGCCUCGGAUACCGCAUUCAUAGUUACCGUCGUUCCGAUCAUUGCCUAUGCCAACUCGCUCCAGAAUGAGAUUCGGAAUUUCAACCUGCUGCUCCAGGCGCCGGAAAGAGAUGAGGCUCUCAUCGCGGAAAAGCUUCUGCGAAUCUGCCAACUGCACCAGAUGAUAGACGAGUUCGAGCAGGAAGCCAUCGCACACUUCAAAGGUGGCUGUCUGGUGCAGGUCGCACUACAAGCCGGCACCUUGCUUCUGACAAUCUUCUUAGCCUACAUUUGUGGCUAUGUUCAAGCGUUGAGUAUUUUCAUGGCAUUGAUCUUUCAACUGACUCAAUAUUGCGCACUGGGAACGAUCGUUACUGCAAAGAACGAUCAAAUGAUUCACGACAUUUACGAAAUCGGAUGGCACAGGCUGGACAAACCGCAACAGCAAAUGGUAGCUUUCAUGUUGCAUCGAGCUCAAAACGCCAAGGAAUUGUCCGUGGGAGGGGUGGCACCACUGAACUUGGUCACCUAUGUGCAGAUUAUGAAAACAACGUACUCAUUUUUGGCAAUGUUGAUAACACUUUUUGGUUAAAGUUUGGAUCCAACAAUAAACAUUAUGAUAUAGUAGAAAACAUUAUAGCGAUGGAAGAUCAUACAUCAAAAGCUUUACCUUGACACCAGCAGCGAUAGAAAUUGAAGAGAUGAGCCGAGAUUAUCGGACAGCAAUACGAUUUCACCACUACAUUUGAAGGGAAAACGUCACAAGUCAAAAAAGGCCUAUCACUUUACG